AUGGCAGCAAAGUUGCACAAAACAACGAAGAGAGAAAGAGAGAGGGAGAGAGAGAUGAUAGGAUAUGGUCGUGUUGUCGACAGAUUCGACUUGUCAGACCCCUCGAACAAAACACACAACCGUAUUCCCUGCAUCCUCUUCAUUCAUUGGUUCAUCUCACACCUCGCACUUUCACUGCUUUCUUUGCAUCCUCCUCCUCAGCAGCCGUUGCUGCUGCUAAAUGACAACUACACACAGAGACAGACAGACAGACAGACAUACAGACAUCACCGUGCCAGAGAAGUUCAUCACUCUGCUCACACGCUAGCUUCUGCCCCCCUCCGCUUCGUUGUCAGACAGGCGCGUGCUUGA